AUGAACCUCAAUCGGAGCACAGGUCAUGUGAAUCCGCUACAGCAUCACUGUCACCUCUACUUCGGAAGCGAUCUCACGUCGUCGGAAUGCAUCAAUCUUAUCAGUCUGAUAAUACAGUUGGACAAGAGCGGUGUACCCAAGUGUUUCCCUGAGCGACGAGGUAAGAGUAUAUUAAGGUUAAGGAUCCUAUAGACUUGUGGAACUAUUUUUAAUCUAUUUAUAUUGUUAUUAUUUAGUGGAAAGAUCACUGUUCUAUAAUAUUUUGAAACAAAAUUUCUCAAACGUAACUUCUGGAUAUGACAUUACUUUAAAACCCUUUAAGAGUCAUUUCCUAACCUUUGUUUGUAGGUAUUCAAAUUAUAAAUAGUCUUGUGAAAUAACCAAAUCUGCUUUGUGACACAUCAUUAGAUUAGUUAAUGGCUUAGAAACGGUAUCAUGAGUUGUUUGAUUACCUCUUUUUAAUUAUAAUAUUAACUAAUCUAUAAUAAUAUAAAUAACAUAAUGUCAAAAGUCAAGUAUCAAGGUUUAGGUCCACUGGUCGAGCACAACGAAGAUUACUACAAACAAUGUGCCGAGUACGACCAUCAGAUAGCACGGUACGUUCUGCCCAUUCUCCAGAUCCUGUGCUUUUUCGGGAACGCCUUUAACUUGUUGAUCUACCGUCUACCGUACUUUGACGGCAGUAGCUCGGUCAACUUCCUCAGAGUCAAAACCAUAGCCAACUUCAUUUUCGUGGAAUCGAGGAUUCUGGAAGUGUUACAUUCGUUUACAUACGAAGCCAACUCUCAAUUGGAGCCUUUUUACUGGAAAACGAAGCCUUUCAUUAUCACGGUCGCUAACAUCAGCGGAACGCUAUCAACAUGGUAUGUUUGUCCAUAACAUAUUCAGCUCGGUAAACAACAACAUACUAGAAUAUUGAAAACAUGAUUAGCCAUAUUAAUUACUCCUGCUUGUUUAACCUAUUCACUCUGCUUGUUGUGUUACUGAUUAAUGGAGCAUUAGCAAAUGUAUUAAUGUCUAUGAUAAUAUCCAUUUCAGGCUGACACUGUUUGUUACAAUAGAAACAGCUCUGUGUGUGAUACUGCCCUUCAGUUUCCGUCAGUUAUGUACCCGACGAACAACCAUGACCGUGCUGUGCAGCUCCAUUGUCAUGAGCACAGCUUUACACUCCACCUUCUUCUAUACUCACUCGGUUCGACCGGUAAUUUCCGUGAAAUGGCCGAAUGGAACCAAAGGGAAUAGUACUCUACCAGUAUGCUGGUACAUAUCGUUGGCAUAUUCGUUACAAGGAGACACGUCUACGGUACAAGAAGUGCUCGAGAAGAUAUAUUACUGGAGCCAGACCAUGUUCUCCAUAGUCAUACCGAACAUAGUGAUGCUGGUUUGCUCGGUAUUGAUUGUCACCAAGUUUACUUUCAAGGUAAACACAUUGUUAUACGUUUGUAACUUAACUAAAAGUUUUUGAAUGUAGAGUUAGCAUCUUGUGAUAUUAAUUACAGUACAAAGUUUCUUUUCAGGAGUUAGGAGAAGCCUUCUCCCAACGCCGUCGUUGUGUCAUCAGACUUACAGUAGCCACGACACUGUCACACCUUCUGUUCGAAGGCCCGGCGCUACUAACAUUCGGGGCGGCUGCCAUCAAAGGAACCGACUCAGACCAACAUAAUCUCACGAUAUGCAUCUUGAACCACACCAACAACUUGCUGUCGGUCAUCAACGCCACCAUCCCGUUCUUCGUGUUCUUGGCGUGUAACCAGCAAUUCAGAAACAUGAGCACAAUCUACUUAAAAGCCCAGACCGAACUGCGACGAGAGAAGCGCGAAGCUCUAAUGGCUCAAGCUCUGAACAGAAGCCGUCUGGGAGGCACGGUGAAUCACUCCAAGAUCUCAAAUCUCUAG